AUGCCAUCCUCAACCUCAUCACGCACCUACUCCCUCCUCGAACCCCACCCACACGCCACACCCCGAGCCUACCUCGCCACCGGCCGCGGCGGCGCCGGCAACUACACGCGCGCUCCCUCGAACCUCACCUCAGGCGCCACCGCCCAAGGUCCCCCCUCACGCAUCCACCUCUCUUCCAUCAGCAGCGCGGCCCCUCGCUCACCGUCAACAUCAGACGCUUCCACCACGGGCUCAUCCAAGUCCCGCUCCUCCUCGUCCACGUCGGGGGGCUUCCACUCCGGCCGCGGCGGCGCCGGCAACGUCCACCCGUCGACCGAGCGCGCCAUCUUCUCCUUUGACGAAGAGCUCGAGCGGCAGAUGGGCCAGGAGCGGCGGGCGGCACCCGUGUACCAUGUCGGUCGUGGCGGUGCCGGCAACGUCUAUGCCAGCAGUGGUGGUGCCGUGACGGCGUAUCCCAAAGCUGGUCGGAGGAGCGGCUCGGAGAGCGAGGGCGAUGACCGCAGGAGUGAGAAGUCGGUUGGGUCGGUGGAUAGUGGGGCGGAUGUGGCGACGAGGGCCGUGGGGAGGGCGUGGAAGAAGAUGGUUGGUGGGCAUUGA